AGUACGCAGGCGUGUAUCUCCGGUUGCUAUGGCAAACUUAUGGACUACUAGAAUUGUUAACGAACUCUCGAUGAGUUUUUGAUAUCGACAAAGCUGAUUUUACCUGUGAAGAAAACAGCAUCGUAACACCUCAAGAGAUGCUGAAAUUUCAUCCAGUGGAUUAUAGCGAAUGGGAGCGAAAUGCAAGACCUAAGCCUCUGCUUCAUCAUAAAGCAGUCAUAUCAUCUAACAAAGGAGGAAUCAGACCAUCUCCAACUGGAAAAUCAGGGACAUCUCAAAACACUGUUCAAAAUGAUUUCACAACACUCCCCAAACUCUCUACAAGAAGGACGACUAAAAAAGUGGAGCAGGACCAGAUCACCUCAAAGAGGGAAGACAAUAUCAAAACACUGUUACUCAUCACAUCCAGAAAAGAAGCAAUAAAAGACCUGGAGGAGCACUGUGAAAAGCUUCAAGAGAGGAAUCUGCAGAUGGCCAGAAGCAUUAUGGAUACAGAAAGAAGCUCAGUCUCCAGAGCCAAAGAACUGCUCAUACAGAGUGAACAAAUGAGGAGAUCAGUGGUAGGCUUGAAAAAAAUGGAUGCCAGUCUAAUUAAAAGUGCCAAAGCAGAGCUGACAGAUACAGAGGAAGUGUCACAGACUCAUCUCAGCGCUGACAAUUUUAUAAGUGUAGGUUUGCAGAAGCAGUUGGACAUGAUGAAAGCGGAGGUGGUAAAGGCUCGGAAAGAGCUCCGCUCCCUGAAGACAUACAAAGAUAUGGAGCUCCCAGUCAAGGUCUUGCAGAUUGCAGACAUGAAAAGAAAACUGGACAGACUGAAAGAGAUGCAGCAGGAAGAGCAAGAGGAUGUGAUUCAGUUGUUUGAGAAAGAAAUGGUCAGUUUGGAGAGAUGCCAACACAAAAGAAAACAGGAAGUGCUGUCUGCCAUUGUUGCGAAACAUGAAUCCCAUGUCUCUCCCGUUGUCAAACAUGUGGCCUCACAGAAUUGCACAAUGAGGGAAGAGAUUAAUAUGCACAGAAAAGCGAUAAUGGAGCUAGAGCAGAAGAACGAAGAGCUAAUGAAGAGUAUUCAGGAACUGCAACUAUCAAGACCAAACAUCAGGAGAGAGAUCUUUCCAGAUGUUUUCCUGAAAUCAGAUAAGUGUACUCCAGAUAUGGACGUCCAUCUCGAUAUACCCCAAGAGGAUUUACUUCCCAUGUAGCUCUGUGCUGAAUGCAUUACCUUUUUGAGUCUUCCCUUGAGCUGCUAUAUAUUACAGAUGAAAAUCAAUGGAGCCACUUCAUUAAAUCACUUUACUCCGUCAAACCAUUUUACAGAUCUUCUUUACUUUAUUUGUCUUUGCUUUCAGUUUGUUUUAUUGGCUUGAUCCUCUUUAUUUUUUUGCAAGAACCAUAAUUUAUUGUGCCUUUAGACACGCAGCUGCAUACUACAUGUAUUUUAGUGUAGCACAAACUAAGCUGCAGAUGUUAAGCGACCACUUUCAUUUGGUAAGUAGUAACAGAAUAAUAAGACUUUUUAUAUUAGCAUGAAUACAGUAGUCUUAUUAUAGGUACACUAACAUUAAAAAAAUACCAUUUCUCACCAAGACUGCUCACCAAGGCUAUUAAUUUAAUAAAAAUCACUGUAAAAACA